AUGGCAAAAAUGCCCUAUGCAUCAGUCGUGUGGAGCUUGAUAUAUGCACAGAUUUGCACGAGGCCAGAUAUUAGUUUUGCAGUUGGCAUGCUUGGGCGCUACCAAAGUAACCCAGGGAUGUCUCAUUGGAAAGCAGCAAAGAGGGUAUUGCGAUAUUUGCAAGGAACUAAGGACGACCAGCUUACCUUCAGAAGAACUGACAUUUUGGAGGUAACUGGAUACUCAGACUCUGAUUUUGCUGGUUGCUCUGAUAGCAGGAAAUCCACUUCAGGUUAUGUUUUCCUGCUGGCUGGUGGAGCGAUCUCAUGGAGAAGUAUGAAGCAAACCAUCACUGCUUCAUCUACAAUGGAGGCUGAGUUUGUGGCAUGCUUUGAGGCCACAGUACAUGGUUUAUGGCUAAGGAACUUUAUUUCAGGGCUUGGAGUUAUCGACUCUAUAGCCAGGCCGCUGAGAAUUUAUUGUGAUAAUUCCUCUGCAGUAUUUUUUUUCGAAGAACGAUAG